UGCCCGCUGUUACUUUGUCAGAUCGCUCAAAGAACCUGUUUCAGCGUUAAAUAACGUCGCGGUGACGUUAGCUAUUUUGAUUAUUUUACGAACAAUCGAUAAUCAUCGUAUUAAGCGAGAGAGUGCGUCGGCCGAAAAACAGGUAUAAACGCGCGCUCGGAGCGGCUUCGAGGGAAGGCCAUUUUUCACCGCCUAAGCAGUGUAUCUACUACAGGUAGCAAGUUUGUGCCUGUCUCAACGAAUUUCUAUACAUUCCUGUCUAUUGUGUGCUACCUGCGUAUCCUCGGUCGGACGAGCGUUUUAUUUACAGUAACGUAUUUCAGUUGCGUUUCGAAUGUGUGGCAAGUAACAGUUUCAAAAAUGCCGAACACGCGAAAAUCAGUGGGAACUCUUUAUCCAUAUCGGCCUCGUAAGAAGAAAUUCAAUUAUAAUCCCGAUAAAAUGGAAGCAGAAACAGAAUAUGCUAGUACUUCAGCCAAAAAAAUUAAAGACACGAGUUACGAUGAUAUUAAAAUUGAUGUUGGCCAUAAUAACGUCAUUAUAAAUUUUCUGACUGUUUUCAACUUUUUGUCUCAGUGUCUAAAAUGUAAAAAUUUGUGACGGUGAUGUAACGUUUUCUCGUACGUGUGAACGUGGACUUGGUUUUAAUUUAGUAAUCAAGUGCAAGUGUAAGGAUCAACAACGCGUUUCUUCGAGCCCUUUAGUAAAUAGUGCGUACGAAAUAAAUCGCCGUUUGAUGUUUGUCAUGCGGAUUCUAGGACUUGGAUUACGGUCGAUAAACAGUUUUUGUUCCCUAAUGGAACUGUCUUCAGGUUUUGCAAAUGGUACGUACUAUGCAUUUAUCACUAAUCUGCUCGAGGCAUCAAAGAGCACAUUCGAAGCUAUUCAACGUAAAGCGAUUGCCGAAGAAAGACAGAAGAACGUGGAGGCGGGAAAUGAAGAAACAUAUUUGAGCGUGUCAGGCGACGGUUCAUGGAAAAGACGUGGCUUUUCGUCGUUAUUUGGAAUUGCAACGCUGAUCGGAAAAUAUACGCACAAAGUGUUGGAUUUUAUUGUAAAGUCGUCGUUCUGUCAAAGCUGCAGCAACUGGGCCAGCAAAAAAGGAACUGAUGAAUACGAUAUCUGGUAUGAUACUCAUGAAGAACAUUGCAGCAUAAAUCACACAGGAAGUGCUAGUAAGAUGGAGGUCGAUUGUAUGAAGGAAAUGUUUUGUCGAUCAGAAUCGCUCGGCGUGAAAUAUGCUACAUAUAUCGGCGACGGUGAUACUAAAACUUUCCGAGCUCUCCUCGAAUGUAAUCCUUAUAGCGACCUUAUCGUUCAAAAGAAGGAAUGUAUAGGUCACGUCCAGAAGCGAAUGGGCACAAGAUUGCGCGAAGCCAAGAAAAAAAAUAAAAGAAUCGGAGGUAAAGGUGCAGGAAAGUUGACGGACAAAUUGAUAAAAGAUUUGACUUUAUAUUAUGGACUUGCCAUCAGACGACACCCUGAUUCGGCCGAAGAAAUGAGAAAAGCUGUGUGGGCAACGUUCGAUCAUAAAUGUUCCACGAAUGAGAAACCGAAACAUGAUAACUGCCCGCCAGGUGAAAACAGUUGGUGUAAGUGGCGUGUUGCAGAAGCUAAGGGAGAAAUCGCCGAUUUCCACCACGAACCUGCCCUUCAAGCGUCUGUUCAAGAAGCAAUUCGACCGGUGUAUGAAGCUCUUUCAAGCGAUGAUUUGCUACAAAGAUGCACCGGUGGAAACACGCAAAAUGACAAUGAAAGUUUUAACGCUUGUCUAUGGAAACUGGCCCCCAAACACCUUCAUUGUGGCGAACAAACGAUCAGAAUAGCAGCAUAUAUAGCCUCCGGCAUCUUUAAUGAAGGCUAUUCAUCUAUAUUAAAAACCAUGAAGACGUUAGGAAUCGUCAUCGGGACAAAUAGCAGAAACUUCGCUGUGAAGACUGACGAGAAGCGCAUCGAGUCAGGGGAGAAGAAUCUGUCAGAGUUGGCAAAAAAGGCCAGGAUUGAAAAAAUCAGCUUCCAAGUGCAGCAAAACAUGAUCUUCGAGGAUGAGGAAGGAACCCUAUAUGGUGCUGGAAUAGCUGAUUAGAUAUCACUUGGCAGGGCUGUAGAGUGCUUCGCGCACAUUCACUAUCGCCGCGCACGGCUUUCUUCAGUGAGGGCUGGAGCCGCCAUUUUUAAUUAUUUUUGCUCGAAAAAAUUUUGUAUCAUUCUUCAAACAUGUACUAAUAAGUGCCACAAACAGUUUUUUCAAAAAAGAUUUACGUUCGCUCAAAAAAAACUUCUAAAAUUACGUUAAUUUUCGGGCCUUUGGACUAGAACCUCCCCUUAACAAACAAUCUUUAGCAAGCCUUGAUAUUUGUUGCUAAAGUUUGAUAUUUGUCGCUAAAACUUGGUGAUUAUCAAUUUAUGCGAUACGUAUCAUCAAAUAAAUUGUAAAAUAUUGUUUAGUAAUAUUUACUCUAUUAUGUGAUACAUGUACGAAAUGUCCAAAAAUACUUCGGCAAUAGUCAACCUAUUUAGUAAUUAUUAUCAAAUAUUAUUUGGUACUUUAUAUUUACCAAAACACUCAAUUAGCUUAAUGAAAUGAAAUGAAGAAUUUACUUUACUAAUUAUUUCAUUAAUUAUCCCAAUUAUA